GAUAUUUGAUAUACAGGGACAAGCUCCCCAGGGAAGUGUUUAAGCAGCAAUCUGAAUUCCAAGAAGUCUGGAUAGUUCAUUCUGCUCGCUAUGGAAACAUGCUAUUCUUAGACCUCGAAGAGAUGUUGGCAGAAAGUGACAUUGACUACACAAAAGCACUCUUAGGGAAUGGUAGAGAAAACUACAAAGACAUGAAUGUGCUCAUUUUAGGGGGUGGAGAUGGAGGAGUGUUAAACGAGCUCCUAAAGGAAUCUCCAAAGUUUGUCACCAUGGUCGAGAUAUCCUUUCGUAGUGAAUGUCCCAAGGCUCGGGUUGAGGGACUCAGAGAUUCAAAGCCAGGGCUUGCUCUUAUAGUUAUUUGUUUUAACCCCCUCAUCCCAGGGGUAACCUUUAGCCUGCUAUCGUUUAAAUUUUUUAGUCUGUUGAUAAAACCCAACUUGAAGUGAUAGCUA